UACUGUAAGAACUACGGGAAAUACUGUUCUUCUGCAACGACGUCGGACUAUUCACGUGGAAUGUAUUCCAUGUCUCAAGCUUAUUCUACAGUAUCUCCCAUGCAAUAUCCACAACCUCCAAUGACAUAUACAUAUCCACCAUGGUAUGUGGAUUGUCAUAUUACUUGCUUUGAUUGCCUUUUGUGUCUUUGGGAGUUUGGCUUCAUCUAUGAGUCACCCAAGCAAAUAACGAACGAAUAUCAAAACUAUGGCUAUGGUUUAAUGCUCUAUUCUCAACCUUCCCUCCAAUCAUACAUGCCAAGCAGUUUUAUGGCUAGUUCAGAUACUUCUUCAACAACAACACUAGUCACAAGUCAAGACGCUCCUUCAAGUCCAAGUGCUAGUGCGAUAUCUUCAUCUUCUCCUUCUCCUUCUAGUCUGAUAUCAUUUUCUCCAACAACUAACGAUCAACUGGCGAAUUCUGACGUAAGCACUACCCAAUUGCCCUUUAACGUCUUUGUAGUUCCAUGCAACGGCUGUGCAACUCCAGUUCCUACCGAAGCUCCAAUCCCAACUGAAGCCCCGAUACCAACAGAAGCUCCAGAACCUGUUUCAACAGCAAUUCCUCUGACAACGGUUCAACCACUUCCUACUGGUAUUGUCAUCUCAAGUAACGUUCCUGAGUCUUCCCAAAUUCCCAGUCUUUCAACCAGCUCGACGCCCUCAUCGUUUUCAACUCCGACUAUAUUUGCUCAACCAACUUUAUCACCCAUAAGUUUCAGUUCGAACCCAACUUCUCAGCCAAUCUUUGGAGCUGUUCCAACGACUAGCAUCAGUCAACCUACAGCCGUGGUGUUCAAUGGGCCUAUUUUCACUCCAUCUCCAUCUUUCAAUUCUAUUACAUCUGCUACAGCGAUUCCAACCUUCACUUCAGGUGAUGUUGUCAAUGGAUCGCCAUCUUUUUCCACAAACCCAACAACCAGUUCUAGUGUCGUGAGUGGCGGUAUCUCUUCAUUUUCAGCGUUCCCUGUACCUACUUCAAGUAUUCCAGUAGAAACGACCAUUUUCUUUUAAGAAGUAAGGAUCGAUGGACGUGCACAGUCAAAAAGAUUAUAUCAUACAACUGAUUGUGUUAUAAUAAGCAGAAAACAAUCAUUGAUGUUGCAAGGUCAAAGGACUUUGAAUAAAGCAAAAAGGUUGCAUUUAUUUUUGAAA